AUGGAUGCCGGUGUCGAUGCGGUCGAUUUCGAUGAUGAUGAUGACGACGAUGCUGGUAUAUUCAGCAACGCCAAUGACCGCCAAAGUGAGGACGAUGACACUCUCACUGGUGAAGACGAUGUUAUUUCAGUAUUGCACACGAAACGCACUGCUGUUGACAAGGAAGAAUCAGCAGGGGAAUUUCUGCUGACUCGCGAAGCGGUUGUCCACUUUGUUUAA